GGUGGGUGUGGACCAGAGAGCGUGUGCCUGUGAGUAAGAGCGAGCAUGUGCAAACGUCAGUGUGUGUGUAAAUGUGUGUGAGGAAUCCCUCCCCCAACCAGCCGGUGCCUGCAACAUGAGGUCAGCGAGCUAGAGGAGAGGAGAGAGAAGACGAGGGAGAGCAGCGGAGGAGAGAUGAAGAUCUGAGGAGGAGGAGGAGGAAUAUGCAGAGCGGAGGAAGAACAGCCUGUCGAUGGCAGCCAUGCUGAGUCCAAAGAUCAGACAGACCCGGAGAGCCAGGUCCAAGAGCAUGGUGAUGGGAGAGGCAUCCCGAGGCUCAUGCCGGCCCACCUCACCGAGUCUCCAGGAGGGGGUGCUAAAGGCCGGCUGGUUGAAAAAGCAGAGGAGCAUCAUGAAGAACUGGCAACUGCGCUGGUUUGUGCUGCGUGCCGACCAUCUCUUCUUCUACAAGGACGAGGAGGAGACCAAACCACAGGGCUGCAUCUCACUGAAGGGCAGCCAAGUCAAUGAGCUGACGGCAAACCCAGAAGAACCCGGACGACACCUUUUUGAGAUCCUGCCAGCUGGGGAGAAAGACAAGGCUGCCAUGAGCCACGAGUCCUUUCUACUGAUGGCAAACACUCAGAGUGACAUGGACGACUGGGUGAAGGCCAUCAGGCGGGUCAUUUGGGCUCCUUUUGGAGGAGGUAUAUUUGGGCAGCGUUUGGAAGACACCGUACAGUAUGAGAGAAAGUUUGGUCCUCGACUGGCCCCUCUCUUAGUGGAGCAGUGUGUGGAUUUCAUCAGAGAACAGGGCCUUGAUGAAGAAGGACUUUUCCGGAUGCCAGGACAAGCCAACCUGGUGAAGGAGCUCCAGGAGGCCUUCGACUGCGGAGAUAAACCUCAGUUUGACAGUAACACUGACGUCCACACUGUGGCUUCCCUGCUGAAGCUGUAUCUCAGGGAGCUUCCAGAACCAGUGGUUCCCUUCUGCAAAUAUGAAGAUUUCCUCACCUGCGCUCAGCUCCUGACCAAAGAUGAGGAGGAGGGAAUACAGGAAUUAGGGAAGCUGGUGAUGACGCUUCCAGCUGCCAAUUUCAACCUUCUGAAGUAUAUAUGCAAAUUUCUGGAUGAAGUGCAGUCUCACUCACAUGAAAAUAAAAUGGGUGUGCAGAACUUGGCCACCGUGUUUGGACCAAAUAUGCUUCGCCCUAAAAUGGAGGAUCCAGUAGCUAUUAUGGAAGGCACCUCCCUGGUUCAGCAUCUCAUGACGGUGCUCAUAAGCGAGCAUGAUCGCCUAUACACCGAAAAAGACUCCGAAGCCUCUCAGACUCAGACAGAAGACCAAAACCAGCAGCAAAAUCAACCCUCCACCCUUGUCGACUGGAUCUCCGAAGAGGAUCUGAACACCACCGGCCCACCGACAGCCAAAAAUGACCCUUCCAGCAGCAGUGCCUCGUCAGUGGACGGCGUUUCCACAUCCAAAACGAUGCCUCAGGGAAAAGGAGAGACGGCUGUGAGUCCUAGUAAACAGCCUAAGACUCUUCCAGGGUGGAAAUAUACGUUUAAUAAAGGCUCCUCUCCAAGACCGCAGUCUGCUAAAGUCAGUGGAUCCGCGGUGGACGUGUCCUCAAGUGGGAACUGGCUCAUGAAUGGACUCUCUUCACUCCGUGGACACCGCCGCACCUCUUCUGGGGAACGUUCAAGAGAUUCGGGUUCCUCUCAGAGACUUUCCACUUACGAUAACGUCACGUCUUCGUCCAGUCUGGGUAGUGUAUUGAGUAUGGACAGCACGCCGUGGUCCAGCUCAUCAUGUGAGAUCUCCGUCCCAGACUCUGGAAGUGAUCCUUUGGGAACUGAAGACGGGCCGCAGACGGAGCCUAGUGUUCUAGAGGAGCGCACCACUGACGAUGAAACCAAGUCUACUGGACAAGAGGACAGUUCAGCGGAGCAUCGAGCCAGUGGUUUGUUUAGAAGUGAUAAUGGGAACGCCGCAGCACCGCUUAUUAGAGUUGUGGAUGAAGAUGCUGAUGAAAGUACAUCAUCUCUGGUCAAUGUCGUGGCUGAGCUGAAAGAGGAGCUGAGAGCGCAGAAACAGACGUAUGAAUCUAGGAUUAAAAAGCUGGAAGAGUCAAACACAGCCCUGUGUGCUCAUAUGGAGAGACUUGAGCAAGAGAUGGAGCAGGACAGGAAACGGAAACGAAUGCUGGAGAUCAAACUCAGAAACUCUGAACGUGCCCGCGAGGACGCAGAAAACCGCAAUCGCCUACUGGAGAAAGAAAUGGAGGACUUCUUCGCCACGCUGGGAGACCUGGCUCUCGGAAGCCGCACCAGUGACAUAUAAAGCAGAAAUAACACACACACACACACACACACACCCAAAGUCAAGAGGACCACGCAAAAUGUUGAUUCAAAAAGCACUCAGGCGUCUUCAUAAUUCAUACCGACAACUUUAUGUCUGUAAAAUUGACUCUUUGUUGUAUUUUAAGCCUGAUUAGAUGAAAUAAGUACAAGAGCAUCUUUUGCAUGUUCAAGGAUUCCAGAAUGAAUACUAAAAAGGUACAAGCAGAUCUGUUCACGUAAAAACAGCGAGUAAACCUGUUGCUUUAGAUUUCUUCAUUGAAUGAACUGUUAACAGGCCUGUAGCCUGGGGGGUUCGGGUGGUUAAAAAGAACUACCCCCCCCCCCCCCCAC